UUUGUAAUCUGUGUGUACGAUCAUGUGUUUUCUACUUCCAGGGCAUGGUGAUGGUGAGUCCGGAGAUGGAUCCUACCAUCUGCUGGAUGUUUGAGGCUGAGAUUGUGCUGCUCUUCCAUGCCAAGACCUUCCACAAGGGCUUCCAGGUUACUGUGCACAUCGGCAAUGUGAGACAGACCGCAACUGUGGAAGCUGUGUGUGGCAAGGAGGAGCUGAGGACAGGGGAAAAAGCAGUUGUCGUGUUCAAGUUCCUCAAGCACCCAGAAUACCUGAAGGUGGGAGCGAAGCUGCUCUUCAGAGAGGGCGUGACCAAAGGCAUCGGCCACGUCACCAAGCUGCAGCCCAUCGCCCAGUACCGGCCGUCCCAGAGCGAGGACGAUGAGGCUUAAAGUUACUCUGAGAAAACAACAGAAAACACCGUCCCACCCAAAGACAAGGUGCUUUAUAAAAGACUUCCUGCUUUCUCCAAAGGCCACUCUGUCCUGUUCUCUGCACAUUCAUUACUGUCUCAGGAGAUCACUGUUUAAUCACCCUUUUCCAAAGCCUUGUUGUCACCCUCCGCCUCGUUUCAGCCUCUUUUUUUUUUAACAACAGCUUAUCUUUGUUUUUCGUGGCACUGAUAAGAGGAAACCCCUCAGCCACCUCUGUCACAUCGUGAAGGACACGUCCACAACAUCUACCAACAUGAUGUUGAGUGUAAAGAACAGGAAUGUGCUUUCACACAGCGUUGAAGUUCUGUUUACACAGUUUACACCUUAAUGCACUCCUAACACGUGCUUUUAAAAAGAUCCUCACAAACUCGCACUGAAACAUAAAUGCCAGUUUCGAUAUACCUUUGGCAGAUAAUUGUUUACAAACAGUUGCAAGUAUGAGAUGGGCAUUAAUGUGUUACCUGUUUCAUCACCCCACAUAGUGCCUGACUGAUAAAGAUGUUCUUACCUCUGCUUAUGUAUGUGGGAUAAUAGCAGACACAGCUGGUCAGUUUUAUAUAAGCUAAACCAUCUUGCUAUAAGCUUUACUAGUGCUGACUAAAGGAAACUCAAUGUAGGUAAAGGACCGCAUUUGAGGUACGCGGAGUAAGAACCUGACUGAUUUUGCGUCAGCCUGCCAAGAUCAUUCACAUUGGCACUCACUUUGUAAGUGGUUUGUUAUGUCACAUAUGUUCAGAUAGUUGUGUAUUUUUUCUAUCACGGAUUAUGCCUCACCUCACGAUAGUGCAGUGGGACAGUCUCUCGCUGCCUGUCUUUAAGUGCUUUAGUUACUCAGGUCAGUUUAGAUAAGGUAUAAGACAGCAUUCCACUCACAGAACGACUCCCAGGAGCUUUCUGUUGCUGGCUUGGUGAGAAGGAAGAUAAAUGAAAGGGUGUUUUUUCCCAAAGAGAUGUUUGGUUAUGGAUUUUAUAUUAUGUAAAGCUGCCUACUGAUGUAGCUUUGUUUUAAAGCAUUUAAAGGUACUUGACGUCGUCUCUUCACUUCAGUUACUGAUGUCACUCACUUUGGGAUUUUACACAGUGCCUAAUGGAGCUACCGUUUGAGUAGUCAACCAUUACACCCCAAAGUCUUACAACUUAGUAAAACUAUCUUAUUAAGUUGGUGCUAGAUUCCUGUAAACAGCUUUUGAUGUGUAGAAGAACACUUUGAAGAUGAAUGUUAGUUGCUACCCUUUGUUCGAGGCUGCUGUUGGCCUCAUGUCUUAUUAUAGCAUGUUGUUUCGACUGUAGCAUAACCUGCUGUCCCACUGACGGUCACGAUAGAGACAAAAUGUGUGCCCUGUUUAGUUGCACACACUUUCUUGUUAUGCUUAAUUUGUGUGCACUCAGACAACUUAUAUGUAUAGCCUUUAUAAAGGGUAUCAGGUUUUAGUUUGUUAUAUGCAACUUGAGUAUUUUAUAGAUUUCUAGUAGUUCCAGAUUUUACAAUAUAUAUUCAAUCGCGUUUUUCACAGCCUUCCAAACACAUCUUCACUUUUCUGAAAGUAGUUUUAGAGCCCUCCCUUAAAUCGAAAUAAAGUGUACAUGUUGAUCAUUAUUUGGGUGGAAUGCAAUAUUUAUGUACAGAUCCAGUUUGUGUUCAUGAUACAUGAAUAAAAGUUGUAUUGUCUA